UAUCAAUAUGUAUGCAUUACUCAUGCGCUCUGUGUGUAUGUGCGUAUAUUUUAAACACGUUUAUUUAUUUUUUUUUGGGUAAAUUUCCAAAUGCCUUCGUAGUGCACAACGCAGCCGUGUGCAUAGUCUGGUGUGAGAGCAAUGGUUCAGUUUUUUUUUGCUUUCUGGGGUGUUGUAUAAGAUGUGUGAAGUGAAGCAUUAUUGAUUAGUCAAUGGAACGUGCGUAAGCCGACAAAGAUGUUUGGUCAUUUUUGGGGAAAACGCGCACAUUGAACGUAUGCGACACACGGCUCAUACGUAUGAUUCAAUGUAUCUGUCCAUAAAUACGGAGCCAAACGGUCGUACAUCGAGCAACAAUUUUACAUUGACUUUGAUCUUCUUUUUGCACACUGAAUUCAACACACCAAAACAUACGUAGCAUACUCGGAAGAUCGGUUUGAAAACGAUUUUUAGUUGGCCACCAACACAUGCGCACAUGCCUAAAAAUGUCUGUAUGCAUGACACACGGGCAUAUGUGCAAAGGUUUGUUUCUUUUGUCUAAGUAUAUAUAUGAAGCGCGUUUCGUUUUUAUGUCUCUGUUGGCUUGUCGUGUGGAUGUAUGUGCAUGCGUGUGUGAGUGUGUGCGAUUGCGUGUAUCGAUAUAAUAUGAGCAUAAACGUGCAGCGCACUCAAAUCUGAUUCAUUUCAACAGUUGGUAUCAUUGGGCCCGAUCGAAUCGAGUGUGUGUAUUCGGUUAACAACAGAUAUUCACGCGUAUUCAUUCGCUCUGAAAAAACAAAAGUUUAUGUGACAGACAAGCGACGGGAAAAAACCAAAUUUGGGAUGUGUGUUCUUUUUUCGUAACAUUUUCUCUUCUGUUUUUGCCGACAAAGCAAUAGUCUGUAACACAAAUUACGCAAAUUAGUGAAGUAAAAGUGCACCGAAUGGAAUAUUACCGUUCAACACAUUUCAACUAGAACAUAAAUCAAUUUAUACAUAAUCUUUUUACUACCAUGGAUCAAUUAGACGAAGAUCGUCGCAAUAGGUUAAGUGAACUAGAAAACAGGUUGCGAGACCCAUCAAGCGUGGCAAAUAUUGAUUCAUUGCUUGAUACAGUCACCGCUCUCAUACAUGAUUUCGAUCAUGACACCGUCAAACGUAUCAAAAACAUCGAAACCUACACGAACCGAUAUGAUGGGUUCGCGCGUGAGGUUCAGACACUUCGUAUGAAUCCCGAUGACUUUAAAAUGAUAAAAGUGAUUGGGCGGGGAGCGUUUGGCGAAGUACAGUUAGUGCGUCACAAGACGACCAAAAGCCUAUACGCCAUGAAACGUUUAUCAAAAUUCGAAAUGAUUAAACGGCCCGAUUCAGCAUUUUUCUGGGAAGAGCGAUACAUAAUGGCGCAUGCCAAUUCCGAUUGGAUCGUUCAGCUACAUUACGCAUUUCAAGAUAGCAGAUAUUUGUACAUGGUGAUGGAGUAUAUGCCAGGUGGUGAUAUUGUUAGUUUGAUGUCAAUGUAUGACAUACCAGAGAAAUGGGCUGUUUUUUAUACGAUGGAAGUCGUUCUUGCCUUGGAUACCAUUCACAAUAUGGGUUUCAUUCAUCGUGACGUAAAACCGGAUAAUAUGCUGUUGGAUCGUUCGGGUCAUUUGAAAUUGGCCGAUUUUGGUACGUGCAUGCGAAUGGGACCGGACGGUUUGGUGCGAUCAAGCAAUGCCGUCGGCACACCCGAUUACAUCAGUCCAGAAGUGUUGCAAUCACAAGGCAACGAAGGCACGUAUGGUCGAGAGUGUGAUUGGUGGUCGGUCGGAAUUUUCCUCUAUGAAAUGAUGAUUGGUGAUACGCCAUUCUAUGCAGACAGUUUAGUGGGAACGUACGGCAAAAUUAUGGACCAUAAGAAAUCAUUGAAUUUUCCGGCCGACAUCGAAAUUAGUGAGAAUGCAAAAUCGUUGAUUCGAGCAUUUCUCACCGAUAGCGAAAAUCGAUUGGGACGUAAUAACAUCGACGAGAUCAAACGGCAUCCAUUUUUCCAAAAUUCCGACUGGACAUUUGACAAUAUCCGUGAAUUGGUGCCGCCCGUUGUACCGGAACUGAACAGUGAUGAUGACACACGUAAUUUCGAUGAAAUUGAACGCGACGAAACACCCGAAGAACUGUUUCCAGUGCCAAAAACAUUUGCCGGCAAUCACUUACCCUUCAUUGGUUUCACAUACACGGGCGAUUAUCAGCUACUUUCGAAUGAUGUCAUUGAUUCAAAUCCCAUAGUGAAAACGGUGCAGCAUAAUCAUCAUCAUCGGCCGUCGAAUAGUCAUGAGAUUUUUCGUUUGGAAAAAUUACUCGAACGAGAACGCAGCCACAUUGAAUCGCUCGAGAAGCAGGAGAAGAGUCUUCGAUCUCAAUUGGACAAAGCCACCCAGCACGAACGCGAAAUCACCGCUCAAAUCACAAACUAUGACAAAGAGUUGACAAUGCUAAAGCAUAACUAUCGGGAUGCUCAACGCAAAAUCGAAAAUGAAAUUGAGCAACGCAAGAAAACGGAGAAUAUGCUCAACGAAACCAAAAAACGGUUGGACGAAGAACAAAACAAGCGCACAAAAGAAAUGAGCAAUAAUCAACAGCAAAACGACAAAAUUAAUAUGCUUGAAAAGCAAUUGACCGAUUUGCGUGAGAAAGUGAAGAAUGAAACCGAUAGCAAUCAGAAGCUCAAGAAACAUUUAACCGAACUCCGCAUGAUUCAGAAUGAUUCGGAGGAAAAGUCAGCAGGAUUACAGUCGAUUAUAGCUGGUCUACAGGCACAACGAGACGUACUGCACCAAGAUGUGGCCAAUUUGCAGACACGUUUGGCACAGGAACGCAGCGCUCGUGCGCAAUCCAUCGAAAUUGAAAAGGAGUUGGAAAUUAAAAUUCUAUCGCUCACCGCCGAACUCGAACGAUACGCCCAACGAGAGCAACAAUCAAUCCAAGACAAUCAAACGCUCAACGAACGCAUUUCCGAUUUGGAAAAAGAAAAUGCCUCCAUGAAUCUGGAACUGAAGAACACACAGAAUCGAUACAACCAGGAAGUGACAGCACACCGCGAAACGGAAAAAUCGCGCCUAAUGAGCAAAGAAGAGGCUAAUAUGCAGGAAGUCAAAGCAUUGCAAACAAAACUGAACGAAGAGAAGAUGGCCCGCCAGAAAGCUGAUCAAAUGUCACAAGAGAAAGAGCGGCAAAUUUCGAUGUUGUCUGUGGAUUAUCGUCAAAUCCAGCAGCGAUUGCAGAAGCUUGAGGGAGAAUUAAGACAGGAAACCGAAAAGGUCUCAACCUUGCACACAAACCUUGAUCAAGAGCAAACGAAAAAGAGUACAUUGUUGUCGGAGUUGAGUUUACAAAGCUCAGAGGUGGCACAUUUGAAGUCAAAAGAGAUGCAAUUAGUCAAGGAGAUAACUCAGUUGCGUGAAACGAAGCGUCGUUUUGAGGAUGAAAUAUCCAAGAUUAAGAAUGCUCACAACGCGGACAUUUUGCAAAUGAAAGAGCUACAAGAUCAACUUGAGGCUGAACAGUAUUUCUCGCGCUUGUACAAAACGCAAAGCACGGAAUUGCGCGAGGAAAACGAUGAGAAAGGCCGAUCGAUUCAAGAGUUAGAAGAAGAACGUGGUUCAUUAGUACAUCAAUUGCAAAUUGCAUUGGCCCGCGCCGAUUCCGAAGCACUUGCCCGCUCAAUCGCCGAGGAAACAGUGGCCGAUUUAGAGAAAGAGAGGACAAUCAAAGAGCUCGAAAUCAAGGAUCUCAUUUCGAAGCAUCGCAAUGAAUUGUCGACCAAGGAAUCUGCAUUGAUAAUGUUGCGCGAAGCGGAGGCUGAUAUCACUAAGAAGCUCAACAUGAAAAUCUCAGAAUACGAUGAAAUGUUGCAACUCAAUAACAAACUGAGGGAAGAAGUCACACGGAACAAAAACAAUCAAAUCGAAAUGGAGAAACUCCAGGCCAAAUUGAAGAAUGAAAUUCUUUUGAAACAAACGGCCGUCAAUAAGCUGGCCGAAAUUAUGAAUCGCAAAGAUGGCGUCAUCAAUGCUGGUAAAAACAAGACUAAAGUCAGCUCGGCUGAUCUGCGCAAGAAAGAGAAGGAAAGUCGACGACUCCAACAAGAACUGACACAGGAACGCGAAAAAUAUAACGAAUUGCUGUUGAAAUAUCAAGACAUUCAAACGCAAUUGAACGAUGAAGUUCACAAUAAAACGAAACUUCAAAUGGAAAUUGAUUGCAAAGCAACCGAAAUCGAGCAUUUGCAAAUGAAAUUGAACGAAACAGCAUCGUUAUCAUCGGCCGAUAAUGACAAUGAAGACAAUCAAGAAUCGGUGUUCGAAGGUUGGCUUAGCGUUCCUAACAAGCAAAAUAUCCGUCGACACGGAUGGAAACGACAAUACGUUGUUGUGUCAUCGCGUAAAAUCAUCUUUUACAAUUCAGACGUAGACAAGCAAAAUACUUGUGAUCCAUUGCUUAUAUUGGAUUUAAGCAAAGUGUUCCAUGUUCGACCCGUAACACAAGGUGAUGUUAUUAGAGCUGAUGCCAAAGAAAUUCCUAGAAUUUUCCAAUUGCUUUACGCUGGAGAAGGCGAAGCCCGACGGCCAGACGAUCCAAACAUAGAGACGAACACACUGAAAAAUGUUGUCGAUGAACGAAUCGGACUAACAACAUUCAAAGGCCAUGAAUUUGUUCCAAUCACUUACCAUAUGCCGACUGCAUGCGAAGUGUGUCCCCGACCAUUGUGGCAUGUUUUCAAGCCACCAGCGGCCUAUGAAUGCAAGAGAUGUCGUAAUAAAAUCCACAAAGAGCAUGUUGACAAUAAUGAUUUAAUGGCACCGUGCAAAUUGCAUCACGAUCCACAUUCAGCACGUGAAAUGUUGUUGCUGGCCACAUCAAAUGAAGACCAAAAAUCAUGGGUCAAUCGCCUGUCGAAGCGCAUUCAAAAAUCCGGCUACAAAGCAAAUUCCUUGAAUAACAACAACACAGACGGCAAUAAAAUUUCAUCGAGGUAAAUAUGCGCAUACAUGAGACACACGAAUAGAACAGUCGUAUGGCACGAUUUAGUUAUAUUAAAAAAAAAUGUAGUUAUAAAUCAAUCAACAAAAAAAAACAAAACACACAAAUUGUUUUCUCUCACUUGGUAAGAGGCGUCCUUGGCAUGCAACUAACAGCGUUACAAGAAAACAUGAACUUUUUACGUACAAACACGAACCUCAGAACGUUGAUUUUUCUCCAUUUUAUUUUUCGUUUCGUUUCGUGAAUUUACUUAAGACACAGAGCAAAUGAACGUUUUGUACUUAUGUUUGGCACAUAAACGAAAUUUCUUCUAUUCACAUUUUAAUAUUUAUAUCAUUCUCUACCGUUAAAGGGUUGUCUCAACGAUGUUAAAGUGAUCAGCUACACAGUUUCGAUUAUUAUUUAUCACAGUUUAGAAUAUUGUUCCAUUGCAGUCAUAAAAAUGGCUUUGAACAAUGAGUAGUUUAGUUUGGGACGCGAUCAUCGUUGAAGAUCUGUUUGAUACAGCCAAAAAAUGUGCACUUUGAUCGCCAGGAUGCCAAAAUUUAGAACCUUUCAAUUUAGCUGGUCUCAAUUGACAUUCGAACGUCGUCAAAAACAUGGAUUUUUUUUAAAAUAAACUUAACUUGAUAACUUAAAUCAAAAAGCUUAGUACUUAGCAGAACUUUGAUAGCAUGAGUCAACAUUUUUAGCAUGAAAUUUUAUCUAACCGACAGCUUGUCGACGACAGAAAGACUUCAUUCGUUUCUUUCAAACCCAAGCCGAAAUUGAAAUUACUUCGAAUUCGGCAAUUGAUUUGCAGAACUUUUAGCAACAAAUUUAAAUUGAGUUCAAAACAUUCUUCAGUCGAAAAUUCAUGUUUCCCCCUUUUUAGUAUCAAUUCGAUCAUUCUCUUAAUAUGCAGCUAACAAAACGAUCGAAUGAUCAAACGACCCAGAGAUUAGAGUGUAAUAGAAGCAAAUAACAAGUAGUAGUUAACAAAAAGAAUACAGGAAAGAGAUAAAAUGUAGAAGAGUUACGAAUUUUCCGUACUUGUCAUGUAUAUAAAUAAAUAUGUAACGGAAUAAAUAAGUGGAUAUUUAAAGAAAA